GUGGACAAUGGGUAGUACUUUCAACACCAUUCAGAUUCACUCCCAAAACUGUUUGUUUGUUUGUUUGUUUGUUUGAUUGAUUGAUUGAUUGAUUGAUUUAUAUGCCACCCUUCAUCAUAAUAUCUCAGGGCGGUUCACAGAUUGUAGGUCCUGGGUGGCCAAGUUGAUAUCACUAACAGUCUUGAUUGGUGUAUAUGUGUGUAAGGUUAACAUUUGCAUCCACAAGUGUGCAUAGAGCUGAAUCUACUUGUAGAUACCCAUGGAACUGUAUCAGAAACAGACUUACAUUCUGUUUCUAGGUUAAUUUGGUUCUUCUAGUAUAGCUGAAUGAAUGUAUUCUUCUCCUGUACACCUUAGAGCAACAUUGAAGCACAAUAUUUCUCUCCCCCCCCCCACACACACUUCUAUUAUUUUUGUUCUUGAGUGGCAGGGAAUCUUAUGAGGUCUUUUUGAUCCAAUGUUAAUUUCAUAAAUUGCAUUCCACUUCCAAAGUUCCCAUGAAAAAGGUAUUCAACCUGAUCAAGACUCUGAGAAAAUUGUAAUGGGGCCCUUGAAUUCAGCUGCUGGGGAGGGGGUUUUCUAUCUAAUGGAAGCUGUGAAAAUAUCAAAGGUUUUAUGCCUUUGAGGCAAUUUUUAUUCUACACACAGGAGUGCAAUUGCUUUAUUACAGUGUAAGGGUAUUUAAAAUGGUCUCUUUUCCAAUGCAGAAAUGACUGCUUAAUACUCUAUAGAAUCUGAAAGGGGAAUAUGGUCAUUUUGUUUAAAGUUUGCGGUGUUUUUAUUUAUCUGCUGCCUUUUAUCCUACCCUUAAGGCUUAGGGUUCAUGACAUUUUAACUGAAACUCUGCUUUUCAUCUUUCCACAGUCUUUUCCUGGCCCAAGUCUAGAAAGUGAAGAUUUUAACAUACCUCCCAUCACUCCACCUUCAUUACCUGACCAUUCACUGGUACAUUUGAAUGACACAGAAUCUGGUUAUCCUUCACUGUGUCACCCGAUCAACCAUAAUGGCCUGCUUCCAUUCCAUCCACAAAACAUGGACCUACCUGAAAUCACAGUCUCCAAUAUGCUUGGCCAAGAUGGAACACUGCUUUCAAAUUCACUGUCGGUGGUAAGACUUUUAUCUACAUAUUUUUCAAAGCAUGUUUCAAGUGCCCUUAUAUCCUUCUGUAAUUGAAUUUAAGCAUCUAGUACUGUUUCGUGGUUUGCAUAUGUAGCUUUCUUGAUAGAUAUGUCUGAUAUGCAAUGGUUUGAGCUAGUGGCUGGUGAACUCUUCUUGAUUCAAUUAAGAAUUAGACUCGGCAAACAAAACUGCCCCCACCCCCAAGAAUCAGAAAAUAUUUGUUUCUCUUCCUGAGUCCAGAAACAUUUAGGGUGUGUUGCUCUCCUGAUGAGCAGAAUCAGGCCCAAAUAUCAGGCCUCCCACUCCUUCCCUCAAAUAUACUGGGUAUAUGGUAGAGAGCUAUUCCUUAGGCUUCCUGGUACCUGUAACACAAGGGAGAGAGGGAGGGGAAACCCUGGUUUAGGCUUCAUAGUGGAACCUUUGAAGGUAAAUGUAUUUGAUUUAUAAUUAAGCUAAGCAUUGUGAGCUGGAAAUAUUCAUAGUUUCCAAACCAGGCUUGUAAAAUUUUUGGUUACAACACCUGCUUAGAUUUAAACCUACAUUGAGACACAAGUAGAGUUCUUUCAGUUUGACUGGAUAUGGUCCAAAGUAGUUAUCUAGAGUAGAAAACCGUAGAUCACAUUUGUACCCAUGGCAAAAAAUCCACAGCUGGCCCUGCUUUUUCUUGCUUCUUAUUAUCACACGUUUUGUUCAUUCCAGUGUUGGAAAAUAGUUGAGGACUAGACAGUCCAUUGAAUUUUCUGUUCUCUUUUGAGGUCAGAGCUUGACCAUAGUCCUUCUAUUCUACUGGGUGAAAGGUUAUUUUUAGUAAUUUUGGGAACUACUUCAAAUUUGCUUCAGUUUCAACUUACAGAUAAAAUAAACUAUCCCAGCUUUACAUAAAGGAAAGCGAUCUGAAUGAUAUGGAGGGUCUUAACAAUAAAAAAGUAUAACUACCCAGAGAAGGUAAGGGUAAGCAUCUAGCACUUCAACAAAGUGCUCCAGCAGUGCUUCAUGGAUGUGACCCCUUCUGUACUGAAGUUAGAGUUUGGAAGCUGAGUGUUCCCUUAUGUAUUGAAGCUUCAUAUCUGAUUCUUGCAAAGAAAUGGGAACAAUAGAACUUUGAGAGCUUAUAGAUCAUUGCACUGAGCAACUGGAGCAAGGGAAAGGAGAGCGAGGCCAAGGGAUGCAAGUAGCCAACCUUCUUUUGAGAUCUUAAAGUAGGACAGGCAAAGAGAAACUCAAAACUCAAGGGGAGAAAAAUGAUUUAAUAAGACUCAAAUAGUUUGUUUCCCCUUAAAUUAUGUGUGAUCAUCGUUAUUUCAUCACAGGGUAUUUAUUUAUUUUAGGAAAUGGAUAAAAUCAUUCAUAUUAAAGCAAUCUCUAGGCGGUGCACAAUAAAUAAAAUGUAGAACAGCAAAAUCUUUGUUUAAUUCAUUCUUUCUCUGUGUUCAUCAGAGCCCUUCCUUAACACUUCUCAGAAAGCUAAAACCUCAGUCUCGGCCAGUGGACAUCAACGAGAAUGUCAUCCAGGCAGGAAUCAAGCAGUGGAGAUAGGGACUAGCCCCCUGGAACUAAUGACAGAUAUUACGGGAAAGGGUACAGGCAGAAUCAUCAGUGAUUCACACAAGCAACUGUAUGGAGCCAACUCCUAGGGGCCAAGGUUCCUUUGCCCCCCCCCCAAUAAAAUAAUUGAGCAACACCCCCCCCCCCCAAAGUUGAUGAGCAUUGCCAUUCAAGUGGUUUGUGUGCCCCACAUCAUGUGAUUAAUUAUGCGGGGUGGGGGAAUCCAGAGAUGAAGUAGGCAAUUAGCUGUCAACUACUGAGUCAUAAUAACUAUUAUAGCCCCAAUUCUGUCACUACUCUUUUUCUUGUAUCCUGGCCAAACUUGUGGCGGAAAUUUUUUUCUUCCACACUUUUUCUUUACAGUCCCCAAUGACCUAGCUGACCUCUUCAGCAAGUGCUCCUUCUAUAUCUUAAAAGUCUUUUAUGCUGCCUAAAACUAAACCUCAUUUCCCCCGCCUAGGUCCCGAAUCCAUCAUCCAUCACACCUUUCCUUUUUCUUUAGCAGUCUGAGCUCGUUCUUGGGAGCUCAUCAGUCCAAAGCAAUUCAAUAUAGCACUUACUAGAUUGUAUUGAGAUAAGACCUCAUUCACUGACAAUGGUUGUUUUGGAAAAGGUUGGUUUGGGGUUUUUUUUUAUUGUAAAGUAAGAAACCAAGGUUAAUUUUUUUUUUUUGUACCAAAGAACAUCUAUGUUCUUUUAAAGGUCUAUUAUCUGCAUGGCAGUUAAAAUAGAGCACAUAUUCUUUCAACAUUAUGACAUAUUUUGGAAACUAAAGAAGGAAAAGAUAAGAUGGAUUUCACUUUAUCUGAGUGGUUUAAAUUUUUAAAUUGUGAAGUUUAAAGUGAAAAAAGACAGUAAAAGGCAGUAAAAGUGAUGGAUUUAUUUCUGAAAUGCUCUUUUUUGUACUAGCAACAAAAGCUGGGAUAAUGCAGGUUUAUUAUCUAGCUUAGCAUAUAUUCAAAGCUCCCUUUGCAUUCUAAAGGCUACUGAACAAGUGUUUUGACAAUGAUUACAUCAAUAGGUAGAACAGAGGACACAUGAAACUUAAAGUAGAAAUGUUUCUAUAAGUUUGUAGCAAAUGCAGCAUAUCAAUACAUUCAAAUGCUUUCACUGUAGCAUUUCCAAUUUGCUGCUUACAAGAAAGAAUGACAUAUUGAAUAAUACCACUUUCAAAGAGGACCAUUGUUGUUUCCAUUUCUGAAAUAUUCUUAAAUGUUUGCAUUAAUUUAUUUUAUAUAAAAUUUUCAAUAUGUCAGAAUGUUAUUUGAUUUUUUUAAAAUCUAUAGAACACCAUAGAUCAGAUAAAGUUACCAGAUUCAGAAUAACGAAAUCAUUUAUUUAAAAUAAAAUAAAUAUUAUAGGGGUUCAGUUUCUUCAUACAAAAACUCAAUAUCACAGCAUUAGCAUUCCAUCAUAUUGGCUGCAAUAAAGGCUGCAAACUGUUAUAUAACAUUUCUGCACCAAUAGCUGAAGCCUAUUUUUUAUUUUCAUGAGAGGACUAAAGAAAGCAUCUUACAAAACACUGGAGGAAAUGGAACACCUCUACUUUAUUUUUCUGUAUCAUGUAACAUGUUUAUUUUUUUGUAACUGGUGGUAGUGAACCUUAUGUAAGAAAUGCCAGCUGUCUGUAAUGACAGCAACAUUUUUUAUAGUUUGAGCUAAGCUCAAGUUACUUGUGGAUCUCAGCUUGCAUGUACUCAGAAGGAUUUUUAACUUCCUCCCUUCUCAGUACCACUUUCCCUUUAACACAUCAGAAACUUCUGACCAUCUCUCUCUCUCUCCAUUUUCCACCACUUCAUGUGAAGCGAAUCUGUGUGUCACACAAGUGUGAGCUGAACUCUGAGUGCUUUAUACCUUCGCCUAGUGUUGGCUGAUUACAUUUGAUUGCUGUGUCAUCCUGAAAGCCAGGGCUCGCAGUGUGAGAGAAAACAGAAACCCUGUGACCCAAAUGUGUGGGGUAAAUAACAAAACAAUCAGCUGUGUGCCUAGAUUCAAAACACAGGGCUAAACACAGGGCUGAACUCUGCAGCAGGGGAGAUCACCCAGUAGCAGAGUUUAAAGUCAAGCAGAAGUAUAACAUUAGGAAUACAGUUUGUUAGACACUUUUAUCUCAUUUAGUCUUCUUGCAAACAGCACUCCCCUCUUUCUACCCCUCUUAGCAUGAACAGGACCACACACUGUAAAAUAAGUUUUAAAAGCUUUACUUACAAAACAUUCCAAAGGUCAGAUUAAUGCAUUUAUCCAAGCAGCAGCAAAGAGAACACAGGCAGAAUAUGCUUGGGUAGAAAAUAAAGAUAGUUUCAAACAAGUGAUCUAAGCUUGGAUCUUGCUUAGACACAUCAUUGAAACAGUGAGGAGAGAGAAGGAACAGGAAGAGAAGGCUUCGCUUCCUGCCUCAUCAGAGAAGAGGGCAUGUGACCUAACCAAAUCUAGGUAUCUAGCUUUUUUGUCCUAACCCCAUCAUACACUAACUAGUACUCAUACAUAGUUAUGUUUGACUGCAAUUUCCCACAUGCAGAACUUGCUGUGACCCACUGAUAAUCUGUGCAUUCUUACAGAACUAGAACAUUACUGAGUUGCACACACAAAGCUUAUAGUCUAAACUCUAACAGAGUGGGUACACCGUAGACAGAGGGAGCAAAAAAAUAGUUGCACAAGGAUAAUGUGAAUAACAUGUUAGAGAGAAUUCAAUCACCAUACUUAGACUUAAUUUCUGCCCAAUGGCACAACCCUAUACAUAUCUAUUCUGAAUGAAGCUCAACUGAUUUCAGUGGAAUAUAUCUCCAGAUAAGUGUGUUUAGAGAUAAGGGUGUAUAGGACUGCACCCUAAAAAUACUACCAAAACCACCAAAUGAUACAAAAGGCAUUUUCUAUAUAUAAUGCACAUUCCCAGUUUAACUGUCUACCCCAGAUGGCUUGAUUCGGAAGCUAUUUCUCUAUGCUGAGAUAACACUAUAUGAAAAAAGAAAAUACCGAUGUCCCUCCUCAUGAGAGUCCAUAGAAAGUCUAUACACACACACACACACACACACACACACAUAUUAAACCCACCAAAAAGUAAUGAACAAAGUUGCCUCCUCAAAAAUACACGCAUGUGCAGGUAUAUACACACUCACAGUUUCUCAUUCAGUAAUGGAGGAGUACAACUGGGUAAUAUGAGAUGAUACUGCCUAGAUAAUAUUGACUUCAUUCAAGCAGCAAUAUUAGGAAGAAUAUGUAGAUGCAAAAUCUCUUCAGUUUUUUAAAACUGAAAAAACCCACACCCAUCCGAUUGUCUCUCCCAAAGCUUGCUGCGAAAUAUCAUGAAAUAAUCUAAGAAAUGCCUGAUGUUAAUGCAAUAUGGUGCUUUAUUCCCCUCUUAACAGAGAUUCCAUAGAGGUUGAAGGAAAAGAGAAACCAAACAUUUAUAAAAUUGUUGCUGUAGAUAUAAUUAGAUCCAUUUUAGGACCAAAAGUUUUAUGUAGCAAACUGACAGAAGGAUACACAAUAAUUAUAGUUCGUUGACAAGCUGAAGAGAGUUCCCUUUUUAUCUUGCAGCUUUAGAAACUAAACUGUAAAUAAAUAUGCUAUUUGACAGAUUGUAAUUGCCAUCAGCAGGGCAUCUUUUCAUUUAAUCAGAUGGUGUUAUUAAAAAGGGGGUUACAAUUAAACAUUUUAUAAUGUGACGUAGAACUCCAUUAAAAUUCUCCAGCAAACAGUAAUUUGCAUUUGAUGCUUCUGCAGCCCCUUUCUAUUUGCAGAAAUGUUAUUGGCUGUGACCUUCCACUGGAUGGGUCUCUGUUUGCUGCUCUUUUCAUUCUUUGAUAAAUGAUAUUGAGCAUCCUGUCUCUCUCCCUCUCUGCCUGCCUCACAAUGCACUUGAAAAUAUAGCAUGUCUACAUUAGAUCCUUUUGACCCUUACAGUGGAACAUGC